CGAGCCGGAGCAGGAGGAGCAGGAGCCGGAGCCCGAGCCGGAGCCGGAGGAGCAGGAGGAGCAGGAGGAGGAGGCGGAGGGGGAGAUGCCCGGAGCCUCUGCCGCUGCCGCCGCCGCCGCCGCCGCGAUGCUCCCGGCCCAGGAGGCUGCCAAGCUCUACCACACCAACUAUGUGCGGAACUCGCGGGCCAUCGGCGUGCUGUGGGCCAUCUUCACCAUCUGCUUUGCCAUCGUCAACGUGGUGUGCUUCAUCCAGCCCUACUGGAUCGGCGACGGCGUGGACACUCCGCAAGCCGGCUAUUUCGGGCUCUUCCACUACUGCAUCGGCAACGGCUUCUCCCGGGAGCUGACCUGCAGGGGCAGCUUCACGGACUUCUCCACGCUGCCCUCGGGCGCCUUCAAAGCCGCCUCCUUCUUCAUCGGCCUCUCCAUGAUGCUCAUCAUCGCCUGCAUCGUCUGCUUCACCCUCUUCUUCUUCUGCAACACGGCCACCGUGUACAAGAUCUGUGCCUGGAUGCAGCUCACCUCCGCUGCCUGCCUUGUGCUUGGCUGUAUGAUUUUCCCUGAUGGCUGGGAUUCAGAUGAAGUAAAACGAAUGUGUGGAGAAAAGACAGACAAGUACACUCUCGGAGCUUGUUCUGUCCGCUGGGCAUACAUCCUGGCUAUUAUUGGGAUAUUGGAUGCCCUGAUCCUCUCAUUUCUGGCAUUUGUUCUUGGUAACCGACAAGACAGCUUGAUGGCUGAAGAACUGAAGGCAGAAAACAAAGACGAUGGAAAUGCUUAAGCAAACUAAGGUAGUGUGAGACGUCACCAUUUCUGCUAAGCCAAUAUUCUCUAGAAUGAGCACAAAACCAGUCAAAUAACAGCUAAACAAAUCAAACAACAGCUUUUGUACAUCAACAUCCAAAAGGAAGAUGCUUGGGAGAAUUCAGAGUACAGAGAUGGAUACGGGCAUGAGUGAAGCACCCUCUCAUGAAAGCAACUUCUAAAUCUAGAUGGGCAGAGAUGGAAGUGUUUUCUGGAAAAAAGAUACAUGGAUCAAACACCACCAGCUCAUUGGAAACUGUCAUUGAAUAAGAUCAGAUAACAUUCACGAGAAAUUACAUUCAAGAACUACAUUAAGAAAGAGAAAUACACUUGUGCUAGCAUUAACAUGUAAAAUAUGUAUGUACUGAGGUUUGUAAACUGUCCUUUUUUAAUCAAACUGAAAACUAAAAGCUUUAAUCUUUCAAUGUCGUUUUUAAAAAAGGCAGUCAAUCUAAAUUAUUAGGAUCUCAGUAGCCAAGAGGCUGAUCAAGCACCAUUUGUUAAGCAAGAGUCUUAGAAAAUGCCUCUGAAUGUUUCCACCAUCCCUGGGUCCCCAUCUCUGCCAUUCAUAUCACUGUGUAAUUAGUUGCAGUCACUCUGUUAAGAGAUGUACCGCUUCAAACUUUUUACCAAGUCUUUGUUCAGUUUAAUCUGUCUAUACAAGUUAUUACUGAGAAAGUGUGUUUGACAUAUACUAUUACUCAUCCAGCUGUAUAUUACAGGAAGUACAUCUUUACAUUAUAGGUUCCCGAGGAAUUCUAUGUCUUUCAGGAAACACUAUUACUGAAAAAUCUAGAAAGCUCAUUUUCACCAUGGAUGCUCACAUGUAAUAUAUAGGAUACUAUCAAAUAAACACUUUUUCUAAUUCUCCCUAGUAUAUGCAUAGGAAUUUAAUACACUUUAUAAAUAGGUAUCUAAGAUAUCUCUUUUUCCCCUCCUAUUUCUUUACCAUAUAUGCCAUCAGAAAUUUAUAUCCUUUUCUUUACUGACAUCAUUUUUGUUUUUUUAAAAAAAAAGUAUUCCAUUAAUCCUAUUUCUAAAUAAUAGUAAGUGGUACUAACAAAAAUAACAAUUUAAUAGCCUUAGAAAUAAAUGAAUAUAUACUUAUACAGGUCAAAGAAACUUGGUAAGAGUAAGUUGACUUUUUGUUUACUAACGUUUACUUCAAAUAAUACUCAAAAAUUUUGGGGUUGGUUAGCAUUUGACAGUAGUUAUAACUGAUCAGUUGUCUUUGAUGUUCUUCCACUCCCAGGCUUUCUUCACUCCCCAUCAUCCACAAUACAUAGCCUACAACAUGCAACAACAACAAAAAAUAUUUAACUGUGAAGUAGCCAAUAGCUUGAAAGUGAAUACAAGCUAAAAUGUACAUGCAGAAAUUAUCAGUGUAAAUCAAAUUAUGUUCUUUACUUGAGAAAAAUAUGGGCAUAUACAAUGCUUUCAUUCAUAGAAUUAAAAUAAGAUGAAUUUAGCAAAAAAAAAAAAAAAACAUCUGCUGGAGGAUAAAACAGGAAGAUAGAUUUCUCUUACCCUCUCUUUUUCAGACCACAUAACAAUUUUAGCUAAAUGACUCUAGUAUUGGCUUUCUUUUAACCAAAAGUGAAAUGAUGUUUCAAGUGGCUGAAAAUCUAUUGCAGGUAUGCUCCAAUAAGUGAAACACAAUUUACAGAGAUAUGGCUUUUCUUUUUUAAAAAUACAAGUAAGGGACUACUCGUUAUCUCUAACUCAAUUAUUAACAAUUCUGGGAGUUAUUUGUUUCUUUAAAUAUUAGCUCUCCACUAUAUUCAAAAUACCCUACUUACUAAAUUUAAUUACACACAACUUUUCAAGAACCCAUAUUUUAUUUAGAUAUCAUUGGAAAUAGUUGACACUAUGAAACACUGGAGAACCCACAUCCUAUCUAAAGAAAAUAGCCAGUACUCAAUUCCAAUGACUCACUUUAUUUAAAAUAAAAUAUAAGGUGUUGAUUUUUCCUAGUCCAUAUAAAUUGCAGCUUCCACUGGGAGUCCUAUAGCACCAAUAGUGAUUUUACAAAUUAUGAAAAGUGCUUCCUAUCUACAUGAAAUUAUUUUAAAUAUUUUUCUCAUAAAACCUAAGUGUAAUUUAACAUGCCACAGUGCUCUGAAGAUGGGUUGAUGAUGUACCAUUUGUACAUAGAUAAUACACAUGUAAAUCACUAAAUGUUAAGUAUAAGAAGUUGUUUUUAUCUUUUUUAAAAGAAAUAAAGAAAGUGGCUCCCUUUCUCAUUCUGUUCUGUUAUAUUGCGUCCAAAAGUUGUGUGUAAUUUUUUUAAGGUCCAGGAAAUGUAAAGAAAUUUGUUGGAAUAUCUGAAUUUCUGUAAAAAUAAAAAUAAAAAUAAGAUUUUGUUACUUAAAA